AUGCCUUCUUCCGAGUCCCCGCAUGCUCCAACAGUCAACAGAGCUCACAAUCCCCAGAGUGAUGGCAUCGAGACUGCCAAGUAUGAUCCCAAAGAUCAGCCGGUGGAGAACUUUCGUCCAAUGAAAGUCAUAACGAUCGGCGCAGGGUUUUCAGGCAUAUAUCUGAGUGUUCGUAUGCCGGAAUGGCUCCGCAAUGUCGAACUGGUGGUCUAUGAGAAAAAUGAUGGACUCGGCGGUACGUGGUGGGAGAAUCGAUAUCCUGGCUGCGCCUGUGAUAUUCCAGCACAUUCGUACGUCUAUUCGUUCGAAGAGAACCCGGGCUGGUCCAGCUUCUAUGCACCCUCGCGCGAAAUUCAAAAGUAUCUCCAGAACGUCGCAGACAAGUAUUCAGCUGGCCGCUUUAUCAAACUUGGUCAUAAGGUUGUCGGCUGUACUUGGGACGCUGCAGAAUCGAAAUGGAAAGUCGAUGUUCAGAAGAUCGCCACCGGUGAAAUAUUUUCCGAUGAAGCAGACGUAGUAAUCGCAGCUCGUGGCGGUCUUAAUGACUACAUCUGGCCAAAGAUUGAUGGACUGUGGUCUUUUAAGGGGAAAAUUGUUCACUCGGCAAAUUGGGAUGAAUCGUUUGACUACUCGAAGAAGAGAAUUGGUGUCAUCGGAGGGGGCAGCAGUGCCAUCCAGAUCGUCCCACAACUACAGAAGCUUGUUGGCACACAGUUGAGUUGUUUCAUCCGAAGCAAGACGUGGAUUUCCACCACUUUCGGUGCAUCUGCAAUGCAGAAAUUGGGUCUUGAUCAUGAAGAAUUUACGGAGGAGGACUACGAGAAAUACAUGUCAGACCCGGAAAAGUAUCAUGCUUUCCGCAAAUCAAUCGAGAGUGAGGGCAACGCCAUGCAUCCAUUUUCUCUCCAAGGCUCGCCGAUGUCGAAUUUCGCCCGUGAUGCUUUCACUCAGCUCAUGACGAGUCGUCUUGCCAGAAAACCGGAGUUGGCAGAAUUCCUUAUCCCUAGCUUUGCUCCAGGUUGCCGCCGCUUGACUCCCGGCGAAGGAUUUCUCGAAGCCUUGACGGAAAACAAUGUCGAGUUUAUCAACACACCAAUCCACGCAGUGAUGGAAACCGGUGUCGUUCUAGAGGGUGGACGACUAGUUGAGCUUGAUGUUCUUGUCUGUGCAACGGGAUUCAAUCCCGCCGCCGCACCACCGUUCCCUGUUGUUGGCAUCGAUGGUAAAACUUUGGGUGAUAGAUGGGAACCGUAUCCCGAGGCGUAUAUGAGUGUGGCAGUUGAUGGGUUCCCAAACUACUUUACCAUGUUGGGCGCGAACGCCGGCGUUGCGAGUGGCAGUCUCACCAAAAUCAUUGAGAGUGUGGGCGACUACAUCAUCAAAUGCGUCCGCAAGCUUCAGAAAGAGGACAUCAAAUCCAUGUGCAUCUCUCCUCGUGCGAUCAGGAGUUGGAUCAACUUUGUCGAGGUCUACUUCCGGAAGACCGUCUUCCUAGACAAUUGUCACACCUGGUACAGGAAGAACAACCGGAUUAUAGGCCUCUGGCCUGGCAGUACCUUGCAUGCAGUCGAAUCUCUCCGGUCUCCCAGAUGGGAGGACUUCGAGUAUGACUACGGCGAGAACGCGGAGGACGGCCGACUGCUGCGUUGGCUGGGCAAUGGUUGGUCGGAGCUUCAACUCAACGGAGGUGACAUCUCAUUUUAUAUCGAGCCUGAUUACGUGGAUAAACCCUUUGCGCCUUUGCCAGAGAAGACACAGAAGUGGAAUUAUCGCUCUUUCUCCUAUUGA